CCUUCUAGGGUCGUUGGUGCUUUAACCAUUUGUAGGUAUCUGUCACUUUCACUUUUUAAUAAAUACCACCGUAUGUAUUCCGGAAAAGAAAAAACAAGUUGGUGAAUUGUUUUAUAUAUUUUAAUUAUGUUCAUUGCAUGGUGAUUAGAGAAAUACCAACUACUCCGAACUUGUCAAAAUUAGUUGUAGCAUUCAUUUGAUUAUCGUUGUCAUCUCUUCCAUUUAUUUCUUGGUGGUAAAAUCUAGUGAAUCGUUGAGAAAUGGAUUUCGUGAGCCCAAUCUUUGACAUCGUCCCUCGUUUGUGGGGUUUCGGCGCCAAGCGUCUGGCACAUGUGACACACCUCGGCAGACGCCUAGAAGAGUUGAGAACUGCACUGAAUGACCUUAGUGACCACAGAGAUGAUGUGAAGGAAAGAGUAGAGAUGGGUGUGAGGUCACAACAGGAGAUGGUUAAGAAGCAAGUGGAAAGAUGGUUGAGCAAAGUAGAAAUUAUUGAGCUGCAAGUAAUUGCCCUUAUCCAUGAAGGAAAUCUUCAGGAUGAGAGGAAAUGUUUUGGUUGCUGUCCCAGGAAUUUGCAGAAGGCCUACAAGAUCGGGAAGAAAGUGUUAAAGAAGAAAGAAGAAGUGGAGGAACUGUUAAAGAAAGGGGACUUUGCAGCCGUCACUCAAAGGCUGCCCGCUCCACCAGCCUCUCAGAUGGUGGCUCAAUUUCCUAUGGAGAAUACCGUUGGCCUAGACUCCAAGGUUGAACCCGUAUGGAAAAAAAUUGAGGAUGGAAACGUUGGGAUUAUUGGUUUAUACGGAAUCGGUGGGGUUGGUAAAACAACCCUCUUGAAGAAAAUCAACAACGAAUUCUCGAUCCGGAACCAUGAGUUUGAUAGCGUAAUUUGGGUUACACAAUCCAAAGCAACAAAAAGUGAGGAAUUUCAAGAAAUCGUUCGGAGGAAAUUGGAGAUCUCAGAUGACAUAUGGCAAAAGUGUUCAAACGAGAACGACAGAGCGUGUGAGAUAUUCAGGCUCUUGAGCGGUACAAGGUUUGUGUUGCUAUUGGAUGAUGUGCAGAAGAGCUUCUUCAAAUCCCAACUCACCAGUUUAGGCAUCCCCUUACCAAACAAGGAAAAUGGGUCCAAAAUAAUAUUUACUACCCGUUCGGAGGAGUUGUGCGGUUACUUAGGAGCUGAAGAGAGAAUUAAAGUGGAAUGUCUCCCACCAGAACAAGCCCUGAGUUUAUUUUCGAUGACGGUAGGGGAAUACAUCUUAAAUUCUCAUCCAGAGAUUCCGAAGUUGGCUGAAAUUAUUGCCGCAAGGUGCAGAGGUUUGCCACUUGCACUGCUCACUGUUGGGACUGUCAUGGCUAGUAGGAAGAGUCACUAUGAUUGGAUCUGUGCAAUUGAGAUGUUGCAAAACUACCCAUCAGAAUUUUCAGGUAUGGGAGAGCAAGUGUUCCCUCCUAUCAAGUUUAGCUAUGACAGCCUCACCUCUCCCAUCGCUAGAAAAUGUUUUCUAUAUUGUUCUAUAUUCCCAGAGAACUGCACGAUAAGCGUCGAUGAGCUUAUCGACCUUUGGAUAGGAGAAGGUCUUUUAGAUGAAAUAAGUCCACGAAAGCAAGGAGAAUUCAUUAUUUUCACUUUAAAGCUUUCAUGUUUGCUGGAAGGUGACGAAUCUAUGGAAUUUGUUUGGAUGCAUGAAAUGAUCCGAGACAUGGCACUGUGGCUAGCCCGUGACGAAGAGAAAAAUAAGAACAAGAUUUUGGUAGCGAGAAGAGGGAGGCUUACCGAUCAAGAAUUCAACAAAUGGAUAGACUCAAGUUGGGUCUCCUUGUGGGGUUGUAGUGACAGAGAGGUCAUCCAUUACCCACCAACUUGCCCUAACCUCUCGACUCUACUCAUAAGAGAUACACUGGUCAACGCAUUUCCCGGUGGCUUCUUCGAGUUCAUGACUGGUCUGAAAGCUUUAGAUUUAUCGGGUAAUCAAGGAUUGGUUGAGUUGCCUCCGGAGAUUGGAAGAUUGAGAAUCCUUCAGUACCUAAAUUUGUCAUUAACAAGCAUAACCAAGCUACCUACGGGCCUUGCGAAUUUGAGAAACCUGAGGUGUUUGUUAUUAGAUUAUACUAUGCAUCUUAAAGAGAUCCCACCAAGGGAGGUGAUGUCUUGUCUUUCACUGUUGCAGGUAUAUAGUAAAAUGAAUGGGGUGAUGGAAUACUUUGAUGAAGUGAAAGUUCCAGUUGAUGAUGAACUUGCUUUCUUGGAGGUGUUGGAGGGAUUUAGUCACAUGAAUAAGAUUUGUAUCACCAUAUUUUGUCACCCCUCUGUUGAAAAGAUAUUCAGCUCAUACACCAAACGAGCAUUCAUUAGAAAAUUAAAACUAAUCGAUUGCACGGGAUUGACUUCACUAUGUCCUAUCAAUGCAUUACCAAAUUUAGGGAAACUUGAGAUAUUUCGUUGUUGUUCACUUCAAGAAAUCAGAUUUCCAGAUCGGGGUGACUUUCACAACCUUCGUCAGGUUCACGUAGGUGUUUGCCCACUGUUGCGGAACCUGGAUUGCCUUGCUUAUGCUAUAAAUCUUGAGAUCCUCACAAUUCUCGACUGUCAGUCUAUGAAACAAGUUAUAAGUGAGGAGACAGUACGAGACUACGUCUUCUUAGAGCUAAAGACGCUUUCUUUGACUUGUUUGCCAAGUCUGGAAACCAUCUGUCCCUUGCCCAAAGCCUUUUCUUCUCCGAUAGAGAUCGAAGUAUCUCGGUGCCCAUGUUUGAGGCGACUUCCAUUUGACGAUGAAAGUGUAGAUUUCUUGAAGAAAAUCAGAGGAGAAUUAAAGUGGUGGGAAGCUUUGGAUUGGGACAGUGACUCUGUGAAGGAGGCCUGUAGCUUCAAAUUUAAAUCCACCUCUGCACCCUCAGGAAAGGCCAAAGAAAUGACCGCUUCCACUAGCAAGGAAAAAACAGCCAUUGCUUAUAAGGGUUAGUUUGGCAAUACUUUCGAAAAGUGCAUUUGAAAAGUGCUGUAAAAAAAUAUUUUUGAGAAGUAUUUUUAAAAAGUUUAGUUUAAAAUUUGAGUGUUUAGCAUUACUGUCAAAAAGUACUUUUGAGAAAUAAAAUGUCUAUUUUAGUCACGUUAUUAUUAAGUAACAAA